UAUUUUGAGCACUCUUCUUGUAAACAAAAUUAACAACUUUCUCUUUCUUUCUAACAUUCUUCCCUUCUUCUUACAAUCUUGUAUCUUUCCUUAUUUCCAGCUAUCGAACCAUGGAAGUCGUUCUUGAGCCUGUCGUCUCCGAACUCGUUGACGGGUUGUUUAAGAUAUUGGGGUCCAAAGAAGUGCGGGACUUUGCCCGGAAACUUGUUGGGGGGGUAGAUUCAGAGAUCAAAGAGCUGGAGAGCAAGUUGCGGAUGGUUGAAGACCUUCUUCGCAAUGCAGAAGACAGGCAGCUGAUGGAUAAACGAGUCAAAGAGUGGCUUGACAAUCUUCAACAUUGGGCUUAUGAUGCGGAGGACAUACUGGAUGAGUUUGCCUACGAAGCUUUGCGACACAAACGCGAGGCAGAACACCAGGCUAGCUCCAGCAAAGUAUUUAGUCUACCUGCUUCUUUCUCUAGUCCUUUGUUCGCUUUCCAGAUGGGGUCCAAGAUCAAAAAAAUCAAUAGCCGGUUGGAAAAACUUCGCCAACAAAGAUCAGCUGAACGUGAAUUUCAAAAGCUUCCUGGACUGCCGCCAACUAACAUCGCUGCACCGCAAAAACCAGAGGAAACUUCAAGCGUCCCACUUGGACAAGUUUAUGGCAGAAACGAAGAUGAAGUCGAAUUACUGAAAAUGGUGAAAAGUGGUGCCAACUUUCAACCAAUAGCAGUUGUCGGCGUGGGAGGGAUCGGCAAAACAACAAUUGCUCGAGAAGUGUACAAUCACAAGGAGUUGGAAGAUAUCAAGUUUGAGAAAAAAGCGUGGGUGUGUGUUUCAACCACCUUUGACGUUCUCACAAUCUCAAAGAAACUUCUUCAGCAAUUCUCGUCCCCCGUUCCAGAUAAUUUAAAUGAUGUCCAAGUUAAGCUGAAAGAGGCAGUAAGUGGAAAAAAAUUCUUGAUAGUACUAGACGAUAUAUGGAAGGUGGAGUACAUCGAAUGGGAAAAGCUUAAGUCUCCUCUUGCAGCUGGUGCACUUGGAAGCACGAUGAUCGUGACAACACGCCAUGAACAUGUUGCAAAAGAAAUAAGAAGCUCUCAUACUCAUCGAUUAAGUCUUUUAUCCGACGGAGAUUGUAAAUCCUUGUUUCAGGAGCAUGCGUUUGGGACUGGUGCAGCUGCUAAUGCUGAUCAAAUUUCCAUUUCAAUUUAUGAAAGAGUUCUUAAAAGGUGUAAAGGCCUACCACUGGCAGCAAAGACCCUCGGUUGUCUUUUACGCUCUAAGCCGAGUGACACUUGGGAAAAAAUAUUGGAUAGCAAAAUAUGGAGUACAUUUAAUGAAAGUGAUCACAUUCUCCCAGCAUUAAAGCUAAGCUAUCAUUAUCUUCCUUCGAAUCUAAAAAGAUGUUUUGGCUAUUGCGCAAUUUUUCCUCAGGAUUACGAAUUUGAGGAGAAGGAACUUGCACUUUUAUGGAUUGCGGAAGGUAUUGUUCAACCAUCAAAUGAGCAACUAGAUGAGGCAGGUGAGUGUUUUCAUAAAUUAUGUUCAAGGUCUCUUUUCCAACAAUUGAGUAGUGAUAGCUCUAAAUAUGUCAUGCAUGAUCUUGUUCAUGAUCUUGCUCAAUCGGUUUUUGAAGGAAUCAGUUUUAGAUAUGAGCAAAAUAUUGUUGAACUACCAGAAAAUUUCGAAAAGGUUCGUCAUUUUAGUUAUGAUCUUGAUUUUUUUCCUAGAAAAAAUAAAUUUAAAGCCUUGGAAAAAGCAAAAAGUCUAAGAACAUUUUUGAGCGUGCGACAUGAAUUUGGAGGUUAUAUUAGUACUACAAUUAUUUUUGAUUUAUUGCCAAAGUUUGAAAUGUUGAGAGCACUAUCUUUUAAAGGCUAUCAAAUCUUUCAUUUACCUGACUCAAUUGGAGAUAUGAUACAUCUAAGGUAUCUCAAUUUCUCUAAAACUAAAAUAAGAAGUUUGCCUGAGUCAACAUGUCAGUUAUUUAACUUGCAAACUUUGCUAUUGAAAAAAUGUUUUGAUCUUAUGGAGUUACCUUCCAAUAUGAGAUAUUUGACCAAUCUAUGUCAUCUUGAUAUAAGUGGUCGAAAUUCAUUGAGAGAGAUGCCAUAUGGAAUGAAAAAGUUGAAAAAUCUUCAAGUGUUGUCUAAUUUUAUUGUGGGAGAGGAUACACAUUCUUAUUUGGAAGAUUUGAGGAGUUUAAGUUUUCUUCAAGGAGAGCUUCACAUUUCAGAAUUACAAAAUGUGACAGAUCUAAAUCACAUACAAGGGCAAAUACUAAGCAAUAAGAGCAAACUAAAAGUGUUGAUACUAGAAUGGAGAGAUCAAGUAAACUCACAGACAAGAGAUGUAGAAAUGAAUCUACUUGACAAGCUAAAGCCUCCUGUCAAUUUAAGAGAACUCACAAUUAGAGGCUAUGGUGGUGAAAGUUUUCCAUCUUGGUUAAGAGAUUUGUCGUGGCUCUCUAAUUUGCGUGUGUUUACUAUUGAAAAAUGUCUCCAACUUAUUGGAGAAAUUCCUAAUUAUUUUUCUUCAUUAGAAAGAUUUGUUAUUAAGGAUUGUCCAAAGUUGGUGGUCUCAUUAUCAAAUUAUCCUAUAGGUUGCAAAUUAGAAAUUAAUAAUUGCAAAGGAAUGGUAUGUAAUGAUGGUUCAAUUGAUUUUGAGAAUUUGGAUUCUGAAUAUCUUGCAAAUAUUUCGACAGUUGAAGAUAAAUUAAAGAAAGGUUCUCAAAGAGUAUAUCAUUUGAUGAUUGUUCAUAAUGAAGAGAUUAUGAAAUCAUGGCAAAGUUUGGAAAACACCAAUUUUCUUUCCAAUAUAAAUUCUCUUACGAUCAGUAUGUGCCAGAAUCUAAGAUCUAUUGGAAGGGGCAUGCUACCAUUAUCUUUGGAAGAAUUUGAUAUUAAUUUCUGUGAGAGUCUAACAUUCAUUGAUAGCGAUGCCUUACCUUUAUCUCUAAAAAGGCUUAGGAUUAGACAAUGUGGAGAACUGAAAUUUUUGAAGGAUUUAAGUGUUUGUUCUCUUCUUGAGUACUUGGAGAUUUUUUUUUGUGAAUCUCUCAAGUACAUAUCAUUAGAUGGUCCGUUGCCUGAGACACUCAACGAACUAGUUGUUCAAGGUUGCGAAGCACUGGAAACAUUAUCAUCUCGUAGAAAUGAGUACCUCCCUAAGGCACUUACAUCCAUCUGUAUUUUAGAUUGUGAAGAGCUAAAGUCAAUUGCUGAGUCCUUUGAUAAUAGCACGUGUCUUCAAUAUAUUUGUGUAGUUGAUUGUAAAAAUCUUGAAUCCUUACCUUCAGGUCUACACCAUCUUCCUUGCCUUUACCGUAUUGGAAUAAGCGGCUGUCCAAAAUUGUCGGUGAGAGAAGGUGUUCCCACCAGCCUUAGACAACUCUUAAUUAAUGAAUGUGAAGAUGACAAGGGAAUGGGAAUGGGAACGGGAACGGGAAUGCUCACCUCUCUAAAAACGUUAGAAAUAUUUUCCCUCCCACAGCUUAAAUCCAUCUCAGACCUGACCAACGUCACCGCUCUUGAAAGGUUGGAUAUCAUUUCACUCCCACUGCUUGAAUCCAUCUCAGACCUCACCAACCUUACCUCUCUAAAAUGGUUGCAAAUCAACAAUCUCCCACAGCUUGAACUAAUUUCAAAUCUCAGCGGCCUCACCUCUCUUACAGAGUUGUACAUUGACAAAUGCCAAAAGCUCAAAUCAAUUCCAAGUCUCAGCGGCCUCACCUCUCUUGAAGUGUUGCUGAUCCAUAAUCUCCCACAGCUUGAAACAUUUCCAAGUUUCAGCGGCCUCACCUCUCUUGAAAGGUUGAAUAUCGCUAAACUCCCACAGCUUGAAUCAAUUCCAAAUCUCAGCGGCCUCACCUCUCUUAAAGAUUUACAAAUUUCCGAAUGCCCAAGGAUCAAAUCAAUUCGAAGUCUCAGCGGCCUCACCUCUCUUCAACAGUUGAGGAUCGCUGAUCUGCCACAGCUUGAAUCAAUCCAAGAUCUGAGCAGCCUCACCUCUCUUGAAGAUUUACAAAUUUCCGAAUGCCCAAGGAUCAAAUCAAUUCGAAGUCUCAGCGGCCUCACCUCUCUUCAACAGUUGAGGAUCGCUGAUCUGCCACAGCUUGAAUCAAUCCAAGAUCUGAGCAGCCUCACCUCUCUUGAAGAUUUACAAAUUUCCGAAUGCCCAAGGAUCAAAUCAAUUCGAAGUCUCAGCGGCCUCACCUCUCUUCAACAGUUGAGGAUCGCUGAUCUGCCACAGCUUGAAUCAAUCCAAGAUUUGAGCAACCUCACCUCUCUUGAAGAUUUACAAAUUUCCAAAUGCCCAAGGAUCAAAUCAAUUCCAAGUCUGAGCAGCCUCACCUCACUUCAGUCUUUACGUAUUACAGAUUGUCCUCUGCUUAUAAAACGAUGGAAAAGUGUUACGGGAAAAUAUUCCUCAAAGAUUGCUCAAAUUCCUAAAGUUGAAAUAGAUGGCAAAUUCAUCUACAAUUCAAAGGAGUACGAAGUUGAUGAUUGGAGCUUCUUUCUCUAAUUUUCCUGAUGGCACAGAUACAUCAAAUUCCAUCAAAGCUGACGAUCAACAAGAAUCUCUCAAUGGUGGUUUGUCCAGGACUGCUAUGCUUAGAUUCAAUGUUGCAGAAAUCAUCGGAAAGGCUUAAAAUGAUCCCAAAUCAUUUCUGUUCCACACAUCUAAUUACACAUUUUCUACCUUACUCUUGGGUUUAUAUAUGGAGUCUGCCAAUUGAUGAGAGCAAAACCAAGUAAUGGAUUUCUAUAGAUGUUGUUGAAACAGAGCAACUGGGUAGGAACGUGUGGAGGCAAGUGUUGAAUUAUCUUCAUUCUCAAAUUGAACAAUUGAUUUAAAACUUGAUCUCCUUCCGUUUUAGAUUGUUUAAUUAGAACAAAAUUUUGAGUUGCCAACAAGAUUCUUGGAUUGGAGUUUUAUAAGCAAGAAGCAAGUAGAUAAUUGAAAGUGGUUCCUCUGUUCCAAAACUUCUCUACUUUGUCAUCUCAUGGAUUGUCUCAACUCUUGUGGUUCCAAGGUGCCACUGUCUCCAACUUAAUACAAGAACUGUUAGAACCUAAAUCCUGGCAUGUCUAAGUUUUCCAGAUCUGAACUUACUGGUGUCUCUGCUUGCUGAAAUUACAAUACUGAGAUUGUAUCUUCUAGCUGUUGCAACGGUUAAUCAAGCAGCAUUUUUUCUGUUUGUGUGAUUCCCACACUUAAAAAUUAACAUUGCAGAAAUUGUUGGGGGGCUUAGAGUUUUCCUUCUCCAACUUCAUUCCACCAAAUGGUGAGAAAAAUUAAGAGAUGAACCUCUAUAUAUUCUGCUAAAGCAGCAUAACCAGUCAGUGUUCAUCAAAGAAGUGAAUACUGAAAGAAUUUCAAGAUGAAAUCCACACAACGUGUGACCUUGGAUGAAAGACAUGAAUUAGGAGUUUAGCUUAUGACAUUUAUAUAGUAGCUUUUGAGCAAUCAGUUCUAUGGUGAAUUACAUCUCACAAACUUUGGAGAUUAAGAGGUGUUUUGUUGAUAUAAUUUACUACAAAAGGCAUGCUAGAUCUGAUAAUUUCUUGUCCUUACCAGAUCAACUAAACAAUCUCUCAUCCCUUAGAAAAGGGAAGAUAGGGCAAGAAAUCUCUUGAAGCAAAUGGAUGAAAUUAAAAAAAUUACAGCGCUUCAGAAAUUUGUGAUUUGGUUGUAGGGUUUAAAAGUUAAGUAUACUAACAACAACAUGACUACAGAAAUGGAGAAGCAAUGAGGAGUUUUGAAGAACAAACCACUAGAUCAUUGCUUCACAAAGUGGGGCUCAUCGUGUUGUCAUGGCAUUGUAAACUUAUUGUGAUGAUAAGAGGAAUGUGAAGCUCGCAGGGUAGCAAUGUAGGGAAAGAAAAUAUACUAAAGCAGCAUGUUAUCAGUUCCGACAGUGUUUGGAAAAGAAACAAAAGAGAAGUCAAAGUAGCUUCAAUAGGAUACAUGACAAGAAUUUUUCUGAAUAAACUGAAUGAGAUUAAAAGACUUGACUCGCUCACUAUUUUCUUUUUCAUAAAAUUGUGAUCUAGCCACAUGAUCGGAAAAUUUCAGUUCACUAACACCAAACGGCUAGUGACCUGGAGAGAAUCUCGAGAAGGUUAAGGCCACAAACCACUAGAUCAUUGCUUCGUAGACUUGGGGCUUCAUCAUGUCACCAUGUCAAAAAAUGCAGUGGUAGGGUGUUACAGACCUGGAGUUCUGCCUUGAAGCUGCUCUUCACUGCUGCUGGAUUAGUGGUAUCAGGAUGUUUGUUGGAGAUUGUAAUGUGUUUGGGGAUGAAAUAGAUGCUGAAGAUGUGCUGCUGGGUUGGCUCUUCCUUGCUGCUGCAGUCUUGUUACUAGAAUAAUACUGGAACAAGAAAUCUGGAAUUUAUGUAUGGAAUGAUAAAUGUAGUCAAAUAUCAUAACAAUAUUUGUAAAUUGAUGCUUAUACUGAAAAGAUUUUCCAGAAUUACAAUAAAAGUUCUAUUGAUCUA